AUGCUGUAUGAUUGGGCGCAGGCUUCACGCAACGGAGAACGAGGAAAAGUUGGAAUGUCGCGCAUUGCGAUCACUAAUUACUUUGUGAACACCAACGUGACAGCGCUACAAGCACCUGAGUUGGAGCUUCUCUUCGAAAGAAUAGGAGAAGACGCCAUGUUUCAUCUUUUGACAGAGACCUCUGUCUUCGUCUCUCUGCCGAACGAAUGCCUGUGCCAAUUGAUAGGGGACCCGAUCAUCCACAUGAAGACGCCGAAACUACCACCCAUAGUGAGCGGCGUAGUUAAGGAUGACAUGGGCGUACGGGCAUAUGCAGACAUCCCCUGCGAACGCGUUCCUAAGAGGAAACCGACCGAACUCCAUCCAGACUCGAGACCGCUGAAACGGUUGAAGAGUCUCGCUAGCCUCGGUUCGUUUUCUUCGACCACACCCACAACAGAACACAAGACACGAACGCCGCCUCAAAAGCGAACACCCGCUGACAUAUCACUCCACUCGGUUUACCUUGCAAACGUCAGCGACAGUUUCUGUUCUACUGCCUGCGGUGCUCAUCCGGUGCUAUAUGAUGUAGAUAUCCUGAAUCGCAUUAUGCCGUCGUAUCACGGAAAAUCUAUGGUCCAACCAAGCGAAUGGGUAGAUCCUGACCCGCGGAAGCAAGCUGAGGAUGCCAGGCAUCUGGCUAAAUAUGUCUUUCCGCGACAGUUUGGGUUGUCGAGUCCUUUUAUUGCGCCUCGCCAACAGUUCGAAACUCAGCAUCUGCCAGAUUACUCUGACAGAGAAGAGGAAAUCAAACGACAUGGGCCUUGCAAGACUCCUAAGAGAUUGCGGUCAAUCUUGAGCAUCCUCGACAAGUUGAUCUGGCGGCACGGGAAGUGCGGUUACAAAGCACUGCUUGAACAUGCGUGCCCAUCCAAGGUGCUCAAAAGUGAACGCAAGGAACCUUUAGAUCGCAGUGUGAUAUUGGAAAUGAUGUCAGAGUAUUCCAUACAGCUUCGCUCGCAACCAUCGUUGGCAGAUGCCAAUGCUUCUGUGGAUUCUUCAGGCCGCACCAUCGUGCCACAUGGUCUCUCUCAAGCUCAGAGGCAUACAAAGCACAAGCCACGCUUCGCGGAGUUCACUUGCAGUUUCUCAGAGGUGUAUCGCUAUGUAGCACUGAUCACCGAUGCCGUCAUUCCCAAAGAACUUUGGGGUUGUGACAAGAAUCGUAAGCAGGUUUUGCAGCACGUGAAGACGUUCAUUUCCAGUCGGCGAUACGAGACCACUACUUUGCAUAACAUCCUCCAGGGUUUCAGCCUAUCUGAGUGUGAUUGGCUCACACCCGGUGGCUCGCAGAAACAGCUGGCACAACCAAGAGUGUCCGUGACGGACGCUUUAAAACGGCGAGAGCUACUCGAAGAAUUCAUCUUCUGGUAUUUCGACUCUUUCGUCCUGCCAUUACUCAGGACUACUUUCUACGUUACAGACUCGUCUGCGCUCCGUAGACGAGUGCUGUAUUUUCGUCAAGAUGAUUGGUCGGUUCUGUGUGCACCUCUUAUAGAGAAGCUGAGCUCUGACACGUUCCAGAAACUUGAGCAGCAUGAUGCAGAGGAAAUUCUGCGUCAGCGCAGACUCGGAUACUCCUUCGUCCGUCUGCUACCCAAAGAAACUGGUGUACGACCCAUUGUAAAUCUACGCCGGAGGAAGACCAAUGGGAGGGGUCCGUACGAUCGUCCGGAGCCGUCGAUCAACCAGGUUCUACAGGCUGCAUUCCAAAUUUUGACUUACGAGAAGGAAAAUCAAGCGAAGCUCUUAGGAGCAUCCGUCUUCGGAUCGAAUGAGAUAUACGCGAAACUGAAGGCAUUCAAAUCGCAUCUGACAAACAAUGGCAAGAUCAAGACUCUCCCGAAGCUCUACUUCGUCAAGGUCGAUGUUCAAGCGUGCUUCGAUACAAUUGAUCAGACGAGGUUGAUCGGGAUUCUCAAACAGUUGAUAUCGGAAGAUACAUAUAUGAUACAACGAUUCGGACAGGUCAGUUGUGCUAGCGGGAAAGUGAAACGCAAGUACAUGAAGAAGGCUCGAUCGGAAGAUGAUCACCCGCAUUUCUUGGACUACGCAGCGCAACUCGCAGGUGCUCUCCGGAACACCAUUUUUGUGGACCAGGUAGUAUAUCCAUUCGCCAAUAAGGAAGAGGUCAUCAACCUACUGGAAGAGCACAUCACGGAGAACAUCGUGAAGAUUGGACAAGAGUAUUAUCGCCAAGUUGUUGGUAUUCCUCAGGGCUCUGUACUGUCGGCCUUACUGUGCUCGUUCUUCUACGGUGAUUUGGAACGUCGACACUUGAAGUUCACUGAGGACCCACAAAGCUUAUUACUCAGAUUGAUUGAUGAUUACCUCUUGAUUACCACCAGCCUUCCUCGGGCGAGGAAAUUCCUUGACACCAUGACAGAAGGCCAUCCCGAUUACGGAUGUUUCAUAUCCAGAGACAAGACGUUGACGAAUUUUGACCAUGGGGCCCUCAUGAACGUGACUGAGCCUCACCGGAAGAGUUUCCCCUGGUGCGGAUACUUGAUCAAUAUGACAAACUUGUCUGUGUCCGGCGACUACUCUCGUUACCAUGAGACAUAUCUGCAAGACUCCCUUACCGUGGACAUUGGACGUCGUCCCGGUGUCGCCUUCGUUCACAAGAUGCUGCAGUUGGCGAAAUAUAGGAGCCACAUCCUCUUCUGCGAUGCAGAGCUCAACUCGGAGCACACGAUCUACUUGAAUAUAUAUCAGAAUUUCAUGCUGUCGGCGAUGAAAAUGCAUCAUUACCUUCGUCAGUGGGGUCUGGAUGUCCAAAAGAGUUCCGUUUUCAUUCGAAACACUGUUCGGCAGGUGAUACGGUACACAUUUGCCACAAUACGGAAUAAGGCCUCGAACAGAUUGGCCACAAUACAUGGCGGUCGAUGCGACGUACAAGAAGCACAGGUGCUAUGGCUGGGCACUCAUGCUUUCUACACUGUGCUGUCAUGCAAACCGCGGAUCUACUCGCAACUUCUAGGCAAACUCAAGUUUGAAUUGGCUCUUCCUCGCUACCGCAGGCUGAGAAAGCAGUUCUGUCCAGUGGCACUUUACGGUCGCGAUUCGGGGCCUAGUCGCGCUGGGCGAUCGCGGCGCGCAAAUGCACGUUGGCCGGCCUUAUAUCGAGACCUCGGACGACGUGGGUUGAGCACGACCAAGAUGUCUUCCGAGUCAAGUUCGUUCUACAAUUUGAAAGCUGACCUUCCUGGGGACAAGUCGUACGACUUCAACCAGUUGAGGGGGAAGGUCGUGUUGAUUGUCAAUGUAGCCUCCAAGUGUGGAUUUACCCCCCAAUAUAAAGGUCUUCAGGCGCUUUAUGACAAGUACAAGGACAGAGAUUUUAUUAUCUUGGGCUUCCCUUGCAAUCAGUUUGGCUCCCAAGAACCGGGACAGGAUGCCGAGAUAUCUGAGUUUUGCCAACUCAACCACGGCGUGAACUUCCCCCUCAUGAAGAAGUCGGAUGUGAACGGCGAUCACACCAACGAGGUGUAUAAGUGGUUGAAGAACGAGAAGGCUGGCUUGCUUGGUUUGACGCGAAUCAAGUGGAACUUCGAGAAAUUCCUCGUCGACAGGAACGGUCAAGUCGUCGGGCGUUGGGCUUCAGUUACAACCCCCGAACACCUCGACGCUGAAGUCAGUAAACUCCUGUAA